AUGAAUGCAGUGGGCUUGCUCCUCUUGGGGCUUGCUCUGAGGUUUAGGGCUGCAAUCGCUAAGCCAGAAGAAUCGCUAAGCAGCUUUUGCUCAAAGAGCCAAGUGGCUUUCAAAGACUCUUGCUAUGAAUUUGUGCCUCUCAGCCACACCUUCUAUGGUGCCCAGAGCUGGUGCGAGGGGCAAGGGGGCCAUUUGGUCUUUAUUCGUGAUGAGGACACCCAGAAGUUUCUGCAGAAGCAUAUCUCCCAGGACAGGGAAUGGUGGAUUGGACUUGUAGGAAACUUGGCUCGGAAUGGAACCACAGAAGGGCUGGGGACCUGGCUGGACACCUCAAACGUGAGCUACAGCCACUGGCGCGGAGGGCAGGCUUCUCCUGCCCCCGACGCCUGUGGUUACAUCGGGAGAGACGCUUCCUUUGGGUGGGUGGCCUCAGACAACUGCACGCAGCCGUCUGCCUUCAUCUGCGAGUUUGGCGUUGGCCAGAGUCUGGCCUGUGACGGCCUCAAUGCCACCAUGCACUGUGGCUCAGGGGAGGUCAUCCAGAUCCAGGAUGCCUUCUACGGGCGCCAAACUCCCCAUUACUGCAUCCAGGAUGCUGCGCGGCCCUCGGACCUGGAGGAGGGAUGCGGCUGGCUCAGCGUCAAGGACGAAGUGGCAGGCCAGUGCCAGGGGCUGCAGGUGUGCCAGGUGGCCGCAGAUGGGACCUACUUUGGAGACCUGUGCCCCACCCAGGGCAGCUACCUGUGGGUGCAGUACGAGUGCCAGGAAGGCCUACAGCUGACGGUGUCCAAUGAGAGUUUCACCUUUGACAAUGUCACCAUCUCCCUGACAUGGCUCCUCUCUCCUUACAUUGGAAACCUUUCGUGUAUAAUUAGUACAGGAGAUGGCCACACUUUUGAUCCCUACUACCCUCCCAGCAACGUGACCCACCAGUUCACAGCCCCUGGGGAAUUUAUUGUGUUUGCCGAGUGCACAACCAGUGAGUGGCAUGUGAUGGCUCAGAAGCACGUGACAAUCCGAGACAAGACGGGAAGGCUCAGCGUGACUGGGUGCUCCGGCCUGUCGACGUUGGGAGCCAGCCCUCUCUGCCGCACUGUCUUCGGGGAACCUCUGUGGAUUCAGGUGGUACUUGAUGGAGGAAGAGGGGUGACUUACACUGUGCUGUCGGGUAAUACAACCCUGGCUGAGUUCACCACACCAAGCGGCCUGCUACCCUACAAUCUGACCCUGGACAGAGCAGCCCAGCAAAGGAUGGGCCCAGGGAUGUACCACCUGGAGAUCCGAGCCACUAGCAACACCACUUCUGCACCCUCCCGGAACAUCACAGUCUCCUUCAUGGAGCCUCUGUCAGGGCUAUGGGCUUCCUGGGCUUCUGACCACUUGGAGCUCGGACAAGACCUACUGGUCAACGUCUCGGUGGCUCGUGGCGCACCGGAGAGGCUGACCUUUGAAGUGGCAGGACUCAAUGCAACCUUCUCCCAUGAAGAAGAGAGUCUCCAGGGACCAUUUGGGAUUUACCCUGUGGCAGUUCCUCUUGAAGGCACCUUUCUGGUCACAGUGACGGUGAGGAAUGCCUUCUCAAACCUGAGUCUGGAAAUUGGAAGCAUCACUGUUUCAGCUCCUUCCAGUGUGCGAGAACCAUCUGGAACAAAUGCCAAGAGAAAGAAUAGAGAGAAAGGGGACAGGCAGGUGUACGCGGAGCCUGGCCAGUAUGUGGAUCCUUUCACGACCGUGACUCUGGGCUGGCCAGACAGGGACAAGGAUUUACGUUUCCAGUGGUCAUGCGGACGUUGCUGGGCCCAGUGGAGCUACUGUGUUGAGAGACAGCUGCUCCGUGUGGACCAGGGGGAGCUGGUGCUUCCUCCGUCCUGCCUGCCACCACCCAGCUCCGCUGUCACCCUGCGCCUGGCCACCUGGAGGGGCGGGGAGCUGGAGAACCGGGAGGAGCAGUGUCUCUACGUGUCUGCACCCCUGGAACUCAGGCCUCGAGUCAGCUGCGAGGAGAACUGCAGACCUGGGAACCCCAGGGAAGACACUGUGCUCAGAGUCACCAUGGGGGACGGCUCUCCAGGGGCCGUGUUCAACUGGUAUUUAGAUGACACCUCGCUGGAGAAGGCGGAGCCUCUCCCACCCGCCUGCAGACUUCAAGGAUUUUGGCCCAGGGCUUUAAUCCUCCUUCAGAGCAACACGUCCACGCUGCGGCUGAACAGCUCCUUCCUGCAGACCUGGGGCCAGGCCCUCCGCAUCAGAGCCACAGCAGUGACCGGGCAUGCCUAUGGGGAGGACACCUAUGUGAUCGGCUCUGUGUCUCCCCCCGAGGUGCCCACCUGCACCAUCACUCCGGAGGAGGGUACCGUUCUGACAAGCUUCGCCAUCUUCUGCGACACAUCCUCGGCCCUGGGCCCCCUGGAGUACUGCUUCUGUCUGGAGUCAGGUUCUUGUCUACACUGUGGCUCUGAACCUGCCCUCCAGUCAGUUUAUCUGCCACUUGGAAAAGUAAACAAUGACUUCAUGCUGACAGUGGUCAUUUUUGUGUCCAAUCGGGCAGGGGACAAACAACAGGCCCAUGCACUGGUGAAGGUGGGACUUGGAGACACCCACGUUGAGAAUGUGGCAUUCCAGGCUGCAGUGGUGGAGAACAUCACCACCGCUCUGCGAGGCGAACGGGACCCCGAGCGGCUCUUCCAGCUGGCCAGGGCUGUGGCAUCGGUGCUGGACCAGGAGUGCCAGGGGCGGGGCUGCAGGCGGCUGCUGAACGUGGACGUCAGACAGAAGGUCAGAGAGCACGUGCUGGGGUCACUGUCUGCGGUCACCGCCACCCUGGGGGACAUGCAGAAGGUACAAGGGCUGGCCCAGGUUCUGAGAGAGGUGACCCACUGCAGUGAGGAGCUCACACCCACGGCCCAGGUGAGUGAGGCCCCCUGCUGACCCGGGCCAAGCCAUGGGACACACACCUCUGCAGUGGGUAACUGGCGACUCUCCUCAGGUCGACGGUCCCUCAGUCACGGGGCCACCAAAGCUCCCACCAUUUGGUUUCCAAGGGUCCUGCAUGGGUGG